GCCAAUGUUUCUAUGGUGUGUUUCAGCAACUUGGAAGUAUAUACAGUAUACUUGCUGCAAUCUUAAAUGUUGGAAAUAUUGAAUUUUCUUCUGUGGCAACUGAACACCAGAUUGACAAGAGCCACAUUUCCAAUCAUGCAGCUCUGGAGAACUCUGCUUCAUUGCUUUGCAUUCAGGCAGAUGAGCUACAAGAAGCUCUCACCUCCCACUGUGUGGUCACUAGAGGAGAAACAAUUAUACGACCCAAUACUGUAGAAAAAGCUACUGAUGUCAGAGAUGCCAUGGCUAAAACUUUAUAUGGACGUCUCUUUAGUUGGAUAGUCAACCGCAUAAACAGUUUGUUGAAGCAUGACUCAUCACCAAGUGGGACUAAUAAUGAGCUGAGCAUUGGCAUCCUUGAUAUAUUUGGCUUCGAAAAUUUCAAGAAAAAUUCCUUUGAGCAGCUGUGCAUUAACAUUGCAAAUGAACAAAUUCAGUAUUAUUUUAAUCAACAUGUAUUUGCAUGGGAACAGAAUGAAUACCUAAAUGAAGAUGUUGAUGCUAGAGUCAUUGAAUACGAAGAUAACCGGCCCCUCUUAGAUAUGUUUCUGCAGAAGCCAAUGGGUUUACUAUCCCUACUCGAUGAAGAAAGUAGGUUUCCCAAGGCCACUGACCAGACUCUUGUAGAAAAAUUUGAAGGUAACCUGAAGUCACAGUACUUCUGGAGACCCAAAAGAAUGGAACUUAGUUUUGGAAUUCACCAUUAUGCAGGAAAGGUUCUUUAUAGUGCAAGUGGGUUCUUAGCUAAAAAUAGAGACACUCUUCCAACUGAUAUUGUGCUACUUUUGAGGUCAUCUGAAAACAGUGUAAUUCGGCAACUAGUCAACCACCCUCUAACAAAAACAGGUAAUCUGGCACAUUCUAAAACUAAAAAUGUUAUCAACUAUCAAAUGAGAACUUCAGAAAAAUCAAUCAACCUCUCAAAGGGUGAAACUGGAGAAGCUACCCGUCAUGCCAGAGAGACAACCAACAUGAAAACACAAACAGUUGCAUCAUAUUUUAGAUAUUCUCUGAUGGAUUUGUUAUCUAAAAUGGUGGUGGGCCAACCUCAUUUUGUCCGUUGCAUCAAACCAAAUAAUGAGCGUCAGGCAAGAAUAUAUGACAAAGAGAAAGUUCUGCUACAGCUUCGCUACACAGGAAUUCUGGAAACAGCAAGAAUUCGAAGGCUAGGAUACUCACAUCGGAUACUCUUUGCUAACUUUAUAAAGCGGUACUAUGUCCUCUGCUACAAGUCAAGCGAGGAGCCCCCAGUGAGCCCUGACACCUGUGCCACCAUUUUGGAAAAAGCUGGUCUCGAUAACUGGGCUCUUGGAAAAACAAAAGUGUUCCUUAAAUAUUAUCAUGUGGAACAGUUAAAUCUAAUGAGAAAAGAAGCCAUUGACAAACUUAUUUUGAUUCAAGCUUGUGUCAGAGCAUUCUUGGGUUCAAGAAGAUACCAAAAAAUACAGGAGAAAAGGAAAGAAAGCGCAAUAAUCAUACAGUCAGCUGCAAGAGGACAUCUUGUCAGGAAGCAAAGAAAAGAAAUUGUUAACACGAAAAAUACAGCAGUAACAACCAUUCAGACUUACAAUCAGGAAUUUGACUACAAGAAAAUUUUUGAAAAUAAAAGGGAAUCUUUUGUGAAGAAACAAACAGAAAAUGCAGUCUCUACUAAUGAAAAAGUCAAUUCAGCUCCAAAUAAUAAAGGGAAUACAUCUGUAGUGAAGACUUCUACUUUCAAAAUGGAAAUGGAAGCCACUAAUGCUGUUGAGAGUAACAACAGAGGAUAUCACACUCUGAAAAAAAUGAAUAAUGUGUAUGGGGAAGAGGCUAAUCAAGAAUUGAACCUUGUAGGGGACCCUUGGGCAGAAGAAAGCCCUAAACAGAAAUCUAUCAAAGACCUGGAAGACAACAGUAAACUAAGGAAAGUGGAGAAAGAAGAGGCUGUGAAUUAUUAUCAGAGGUACACAGAGGAAAGGAUUUUUGAACAAUCAAAAGCAGCAUAUCUAGACAGAAAGGGCAUAUCAGAAAAGCCAAGCUACCCAGGGCUUUGGUUAGCUGAGAAUGAAACUUCUUUUAAAAAAACUUUAGAACCUAAUCUUAGCCAAAGGUCAGUUUAUCAAAAUGCAAAUGGUAAGGAAAAAGAAAAGAAGACAUCUGUAGUUACCCAGAAUGCACCGAUAUGCAGCCAGGAGAGAGGCCAUCUGAGGCAUGGGACAAUCAAAGAGAGGCAAGCUGAACCAGUAGUACAGACCCAGGAAGAAGAAGAUAAAGCAGCAGUGUUCAUUCAGAGCAAAUACCGGGGUUACAAGAGAAGGCAGCAGUUAAGGGAAGAUGGGAUGUCUUCUUCUUUUGAGAAUCAAAAGAUCGUUACAACACCAGCAGAAGUAACAAGAAACACUCCCAGUUUGUAUUCCUACCCCACAAAACAUGAAGAAACCUAUAAUAUUAAGAUGUUGGAUAACAAAGACGCAAAAGCAAUUUCAGAAAAGGAAGCACGUGAUUUAGCAAUUUUUUCAAAACAGAUAUCAAAGUUAUCUGAAGAAUAUUUCAUUCUGCAGAAAAAAUUGAAUGAAAUGGUUUUGUCACAACAACUGAAGCCACUUUAUCUGGGUGUCUCUCCCCAUAAGCCAAUUAAUAGACGGGUUUCUUCUCAGCAGUACCUCGCAGGUAUCUCUAAAGGAGAAGAGCCAAAAAUAUUGAGACCCCCAAGACGACCCCGGAAACCCAAAACAUUAAAUAACCCUGAAGACUCCACAUACUAUUAUCUACUACAUAAAUCAAUCCAAGAAGAAAAACGAAGACCAAGGAAAGACAGUCAGGGAAAAUUAUUAGAUUUGGAAGAUUUCUAUUAUAAGGAAUUUUUGCCCGGUUAUUCUGGACUAAAAGAACAUAGCAAUCCUAGUUUAAGAGAACGAAGACCACGACGAGAACUCCAGAAUCAAUGUUUUAAGGCUAAUGAAAGGUGCUGGGCGGCGGAGGGCCCCGAGGAGAAGGAGGAGAGCGGGCCUGCAGCCAGCCCCUACGACUACCGGAAGCUCCUGCGCAAAACCUCCCAGCGCCGACGCCUGGUCCAGCAGUUGUAGUCCGGCCGCUGGGCGGCCACCGCCGUCGGAAGGCACUCGCGCCUGCGGAGCCGCAAAGGUCAGAGCAGGCGCCCUCGGGCGCUGGCAUCACCAGGCCCUGAAGCCGCGGCCCGGAUCUCCACGGGGG